AUGCGAUCCAGUGUCCUUUCAUCUAUAGCCCUUGCUCUGCUUUCUCAGACAGCCAGGGCUGACACCACGCUUUCCAUCGACCCAAACUCCAACUGGGGAACCUGGGAAGGCUGGGGCGUAUCUCUCGCCUGGUGGGCAAAGGCCUUUGGCAACCGCGAUGAUCUAGCCAGUGUCUUCUUCAGCAGAAACAAUCAAGCCGUCAAUGGCCAGACUCUACCCGGCCUGGGCUUCAACAUUGCUCGAUACAACGCCGGCGCAUGCAGCAACAACAGCUACGACGGUGCCACCAUGGUGGUUUCGCCCAACAUUAAGCCAUCUCGACAAGUGGAUGGGUACUGGCUCGACUGGGCCAGCACCGACCCUUCGUCGUCGAGCUGGAACUGGAACGUCGAUGCCAAUCAGCGAGCAAUGCUGCAAAAGGCCAGAGCAAACGGGGCCAACAUCUUUGAGCUCUUCUCCAACUCCCCCAUGUGGUGGAUGUGCAAUAACCACAAUCCGUCGGGGAGCGGCGCAACCGACAACCUCCAGUCGUGGAACUACCAAAACCAUGCCGUUUACCUUGCCAACAUUGCUCAGCAUGCUAAACAGAGCUGGGGGAUCGAGUUCCAAUCAGUCGAGGCGUUCAACGAGCCGUCUUCCAGCUGGUGGACCGCUGACGGUACCCAAGAAGGUUGCCAUUUCGGUGUGUCGACCAUGGCCACAGUCAUCGGGUAUCUGAACACAGAGCUUUCAUCGCGUGGCUUGUCAUCGUUCGUGGCUUCGUCCGACGAGACCAGCUACGACUUGGCCAUUUCAACUUGGCAGGGCUUCAACAGCUCCGUCCGGAAUAUUGUGAAGCGCAUCAAUGUCCACGGUUACCAGGGCAGCGGUGGCCGGCGUGACACUCUCUACAGCCUUGCGAGCCAGGCUGGUAAGCGGCUUUGGAACAGCGAAUAUGGCGAUUCGGAUGCGAGUGGGAAGUCCAUGUAUCAAAACCUGCUCCUCGACUUUACCUGGCUCCAUCCCACUGCCUGGGUCUACUGGCAGGCCAUUGACGGCGCCGGCUGGGGACUCAUUGUGGGUGACAACGACCAGUUGACUCUCUCAUCGGCAAGCACCAAAUACUUUGUCCUUGCGCAACUCACCCGCCAUAUCAGACCGGGCAUGCAGAUCUUGUCUACCCCUGAUGACAAUACCGCCGUUGCUUACGACGCUGGUUCUCAGAAGCUUGUCAUUGUCGCCGCGAACUGGGGCAGUGCCCAGACCAUCACUUUCGAUCUCAGCCGUGCCAGAACUGCGGGCAGCAAUGGUGCAACAGUGCCACGAUGGAGCACACAGACAGGCGGGGGGGAUCAGUACAGGAGCUUCACGGACACGAAGAUUAACAAUGGGAGGUUCUCUGUGUCUUUUUCCAGUGGUCAAGUGCAGACCUUUGAAGUCAGCGGCGUUGUGCUGAAAUAG